AUGGACUUCCAUCACUGCCACGAAGAGAUUGAUGGAGCUCGUUAUGCUCCUAACACUCACUACCUGUCCCAGCACGAGUCUGAAUACAUCAAACACCAAGACCUAACCGAUCGAAUUGACCCUCUUCUCCAAUAUCAUACACCUUGUUCUGGUGGUAUUGAUGGUACCAUUAGCAUGCAGAGAUACCUUCAGGGGCCACCGAGCAGUUUCUUUGCUACACCGCAUCAACUCCCUGUACAACAAAAUGCCUACUACAAUGGAGUCUAUCCCAAUAUGAGCUCUUCUCUUCAUCAUAACUGGCAUCUCCGGCAUGGCUCCCCAGCAUCCUACCAAUAUUCUUCAGCAGCUAGCGGGCCCCAAAGUCCCCCCUUGACGGAUAACGAUGGGUAUGUCGACAGCACCCAAGGCCCAUCUACCCCAUCCGACACUGCUGUUCUGUCCCCUCAUAUUGCUUCCCUCGGCUCGGCGUCACCCAGUGCGUCACUAUACGGAGUCUCGGGUGUAUCUCAAGGAUACGUGAAUCCGGCAGUGAUCCAGCCAACCCACCCCCAACACAACAAUAACCACGUGGAAGAGGAAUUGUCUGAAUUCACCCUUGAUUUGAACGUGGACAUUGAUAUCACUGCGUCUACUUCUAUCUGUCCCGCUAGCAGCUCGAGUAACGUAUUUUCUACACAUUCGCCGGGGUUUGCUGAGGAGUUUGAAGGCCACGAUGGCGCCUCCUACCCUGAGAUUGAAGACAUGGAUUUCGAUACCAAAGUUGAAGAGGAAACCAUCGCCGAUACUUCGUCCACUAUGGCUGAUGACGACGGCGAGUAUAAGCCCGGGCGAAAAGCCAAAUCGUCCCGGACUCCCAGAGUUAAAACUCGCCGUGGCCGCACAACACGAUCAAGCCCUGACAGAUUUGCUAGCACAUCAAGUGUUACCAAGUCACAGCGCCCCCCUCGUACUUCGGCAAAUCGGAGCUUACUCUCAACAUCUUCUGGUAGAAGUGCGAAGUGCAUACACUGCGGUCUGACGUUUUCCGAUGUGGUACUACUCCAGAGACACAUCACCGCUUUACACAACCGUCCUUUCAUUUGUGUCUUCCAUUUCGCGGGAUGUACUCAGGUAUUUGCAAACAAGAACGAAUGGAAACGACAUGUCUCAGCCCAACACCUCAAUCUCAAUUACUGGCUUUGCACCUCUGGCAGUUGUGGGAACUCACCAGGUAUCUCCAAGGGAGCCUUUGACAACCCUACACACUGCCGAGUCUUCAGAAGAAAGGACCUCUACACUCAGCACAUUCGCCGGAUGCACGCACCCCCAGAAGUUGCCCAAGCAGAUAAGAAGGAUAAGGCCUUUCCUCUCGAUUGGGUAAUACAAGAAAAGGAGUUGCAGGAUAACGCGUUGAGGCAACGAUGCACACUGCCGACAUUUAUGCGCUGUCCAGCUGAAGGUUGUACAACUGUCUUCGACAAUGGCCCCAGGACUUGGGAUAACCGUAUGGAACAUGUUGCGAUCCACCUUGAGCGUGCCGCCAACAAUAAAGAACCGCCGGUCGUCUUUGGCGGUGACAACGACGAAGCCCUAACGCAAUGGGCGUCACAGCCUGACGUCCGAGUCAUUGCGGCUACUGCCACAGGCUGGGCAACAUGUCAACCACUCAGGGCAGCUAGAAUGGAGAUUUCCAAGCUCUCGAGCCCCGAUGAAGGCCUUGAUGAAGAUGCAGAAGGCGAGGAAUGUUGA